GAAUGUAAGUGAAUGAAGAAACAGAUCCCUUGUCGGCGCAUAUGUUCAAUUUGGAAGGUGAAAAAUGGAAAUUUGUCCGAGCAAAAGUAUCACCCACAUUCAGUUCUGGAAAAGUGAAAUACAUGUUUUCAGCUGCGAUGCAAGUGGCUGACAGAUUUGUUGAUACUUUCGAUGAUAUCGUUAGAACUGAAUCGCAGAGAGAGUUGAGAGACCUGCUGGGGAGAUACACCACUGAUGUCAUCGGAACGUGCGCGUUUGGAAUUGAGUGCGACAGUUUGAAAGAUCCUAAUUUCAUUUUCUGUCAGUAUGGAAGAAAAGUCGCUAAGGAGUCAAACCUGAACCCUAUUUUGUAUUUUUUGAUAACUAUGUUUCCCAAUUUAGCGAGAAGGCUAGGGCUGCAGAUUAUAGCAAAGGAUGUGACCGAAUUUUUCAUCGGAACCGUUCGAAAGACUAUUGAAUAUCGCAAAAAGAAUAACGUGCAACGCAACGAUUUUAUGGAUUUAUUGAUUCAAAUAAACAAGGAUGGAAAUGAAGCUGGUCAGCAUUCGGCAACUACAAGAACACUAACUUUAGAAGAAAUGGCUGCCCAAGCAUUUCUGUUUUUCGCCGCUGGCUUUGAAACAUCUUCGACCACAAUGAUAUUUUCCUUAUAUGAACUAUCUCUGAAUCAAGGUAUUCAAGAUAGGGGUCCCCAGGAAAUCAAUGAUGUACUGACCAAGCACAAUAACAAGUUGACUUAUGAAGCAAUGAAGGAAAUGACAUACAUCGAGAUGUUAAUAAACGAGACGCUUCGGAAGUAUCCACCAAUUGGAGCAUUGAUGAGGAAAGCUGUACGCGAUUACCCUGUACCUAAUUCUAAUUUGGUCAUCAAAAAGGGCGACGAAGUACUCAUUCCGUCUUAUACUAUUCACCAUGACUCUGAAAUUUACUCGGAUCCAGAUAUAUUUGAUCCAGAAAGAUUUGCGCCGGAAGCAGUGAAAAAACGCCAUCCGAUGUCAUUUCUAGCUUUUGGUGAAGGUCCCAUGAACUGCGUGGGAUUACGUUUUGGAAAGAUGCAAACUCGAAUAGGCUUAAUAAAAUUACUGAAACAUUUCCAAUUUUCACCUUGCCCAAAAACUCCCAUUCCUAUGGUUUUUGACCCUUACAAAGGUGUCUUAUCACCAAAGGGUGGAUUGUUUUUGGAUGUUAAACGAAUUUAA